AUGCUCUUCUACGACGAGACCCUCAAUCCCUAUUGGGAGUAUGCUCGUUGCUUGGCAAACGACGUGCUACACCCUCCAGCUGACACUGAAGAGGAUGGUGCUGGAGUAGACUUGCUGGCUACUCGGGCCGCCAAGAAAUGCGCUAAGGGAGCGGUCUUCUAUAUCCAUCCGCCGGUGAAUAUCAAAUUUGCAUCCCCAUCUGCGGGUAGUGAUGACGUGUUUGCCCCUAGCAUUCCCAGACAUACGAACGAUACAGCUGCUGCUGUUGAGAACGAUUUCAGAGGUGCAUGA